AUGAAGGAACGGGACCUGCGGGGAAUGUGCAGAAAGGCGCUGCUGCUGACUGUCUGCAUGGUGUCUCUUUGGGGACAACUGAGCAGCGCAUCGUCACACAGGAGCCACAUUGUUCACGUGAAGGCAGGAACCUGUGAGGUGAUCGCGGCACACCGAUGCUGCAACAAGAACAAGAUUGAGGAGCGGUCGCAGACCGUCAAAUGCUCCUGUUUCCCGGGACAAGUGGCUGGAACCACGAGGGCGGCUCCGUCUUGUGUGGAUGCGUCCAUUGUUGCACAGAAGUGGUGGUGCCAGAUGCAUCCCUGCAUGGAUGGUGAAGAGUGCAAAGUGCUGCCAGACUUUAAAGGAUGGAGCUGCAGUACGGGCAACAAAGUGAAGACCACCAAGGUCACACGAUAG